AUGGACGUUAAAAGUAGUACUAUAUACAAUUUUCCAAAUUCUUCCUCUUAUAAUAGCCAACGACUUCAUUCAGAUGAUAUUUCUAACGAAAAUGAGACUGUUUCAGGCAACGAUAUUGUAAUAAAACAACAUAUGAAAAAGAUUGUUGGUGGCGACUUUAAAGCUUUUUCUCCAAUAACGCCUGUCAAGGCUUGUUCGCCAAUAACAUCGACUCCAAAAUCCACAAGGUCAUCGUUCCGUUCGUCUUCGACAUUGCGUCGUCAGCAAGGUAGUCGUCAACGGCAAGAUGUCAUUCCUGAGGGCGCCGCUAUCACUGAUGUUCAGCUUAUUCAAGCUCAGAGAGAUUUGAUGGAUCAGGCUGCAGCAGCUAUUGCAUUUUGUAAGAAAAAGUAUUCGUACAGUGGUAAUUUACAGGAGCUCAUAUCUCAACGCAUUUUGUUGGUUUCUCAAGAGCGUCUAAUUAUGUUCAACCGCAAAUUGGACGAGUUAAAAGAUCAUCGUUUUCUUCCCAAUUUCACUCCGCAGUUGGAUGAUAUUCCUGAAAGCGUUGAUUUGGAAACUGAAGAUGGUACGACUGAAGACUUUGGAGGCACUGCUUCAGUCAAUGGUGGCACAGCAAGUUUUGCCUGUCGACGUUCGCCAACUUAUACGCUUUUCAUUGAAAAAUUUGUACUUCAUUUGAAUCCAUCCUUCAGCAUGAAAAAGAUUGACAAAGGUUUUAUUAACUUUUACAAAAAAUUUUUAGACAUUGGAGAGUUGCGCAACAACAAAGUGAAAAUACGAGAGCUUAUUGCAUUUGAGGAGUUACCGGCCGAUUUUUGCAUUAUGGUUGAGGUAUUUGCUCUUCGACUUGGCAAGCGAUGGGAUCACAAAUGGCAGUCUGUUUGGGACUUGGCAGCUAGAACAUUCAGAAGUAUUCGACGCAUUUUCUCAUCCAGAGGCAAUAAUAAUGACCAAGUACAGUCAGCAAGUAAAGGUGUUAAAGGCGCAUCAUUCUCUGCCUCGUCCGUUCUCAUGCAACCGACUGCGCCGAUUAGCUCCGAUUUUCAACGCUGUGGAUAUUUACAUCUGAAUCGCGAUUCACUCUCACUUGGAAAAGAAAAGUUUUAUUUGAUUGAUGCGGAUUAUCCACUUGAAGGAAGCAUUGAGGUAUGCGCUCAUUAUACAUCCAGGAACAUGCCAGUAACUGACUGGCCAGACACGGAUCGUGAUAUUGGAGCUGGGGGUAUGGCGGCUUUCAGUGGUACUAACAGCCCAAUUUAA